AGGACGACUGCUCUCCGGCUUGGGCUGGGCUCGAACCGAUUGAUCUCGUGUGCAACCAAGUCGAUCGAUGUGGCAUUUGGGGGGAAAGCUUUUGGAUUGCUCACGGCAGGAAUAACAUGCCCAUCAACCAGCCCUUGAUGGCCCGGGGAGGAACAAUUAUAGAAGCGCCAGUCCGCUCUCCCUUGCGGCCGUGCUAACGUGCAUCCCCCCAACCUCCCGCACCACCGCCCACCUCCUCUUCCUCGUUCCUUUUCUCCCGACCUCCCCUGCUGUCCGACCGUCAUUCCCCUCCGCGCCCUCCCUUUUCCCAUCAUUGCACCCUCUGCGGUCUCUUCCAGGAACUUGCAAAGAACAUCCAAGAUCUCCCAACAAAUCCAGUUUUUGCUUACACUUUGCCGUGCAAACGAAAGGUAGUCUUCAUACCUGUACCAGCGCGGACACAUCACAGGUCUGGGGCGUCGGUGCUUGUUUUGGGGUGCGCCCUCGUCGUUGGGUAUAGCUUGGCCCUUCGAGCAUGGCCAAAGCGACGCCCCGAGGCGGCGUGGUACACGACAUGUGCUUGCUGUCGAGAUUCCUGCGGGCCAACUAAACUGAACUAAAGUCCAAUCCUCCGCCCGCUCUGCCCUCAACCCCGCUCCUGCAUCAGUGCUCCACAGGCAGUCGACAACAGGCCUCCCGAUGCGCCGAACGUGCUGGUGGACGCCGUCUCCCUCGGCGGGCCAGCUGGAGGCAAGCAGAAGCCCUUGGUGAGGCAUGUGUUGGUCAAGGACCUCGCCAUGAUAGCGAAGCGCACGAAUUCGCCGCUGCCGAGGACAGGCGUUUUCGGUGACAGGGCGCCUGUGGGCCUCUACGCUCUCUUCGACGGACAGUCGUGCGCGGGGGAGCCCGGGCCCCUGGCCGCGGAAUUCUGCGCGCGCAACUUCCACGCGAAGUUGUUGGCGCGCCUGGCGAGGGUAGAGGAGGACUCUCCCGCAGAGGCCGAUGUGGAGAAGGCCCUCCGCGACACGUUCGAGGACCUCGACCACGAGCUCCAGACGUGCACGCCAGAGAUCAACGACGGUUGCGGCGCGGCCGUCGCAUUGUUGAUUGGCAGAUGGAUUUUCACUGCGGUCCUCGGACGCUGCAGCGCCGUGCUCUGCGAGGCGGACGGGCCGCGGCUCAUGCCGCUGGCCCUCGGGGGCAAGGGCGCGGCCGAGCCGUGGCCGGCCUGGGACGGCCGGAGCAAGGGCAGAGGGAAGGCUUCUGGCCUGCCCGUGCUGCAGAGGUCCCUGGGCGACCGCCCUGUCAGGGCCGCGCAGUCGGGCCGAGGGAGCGGCGCGUCGCUGCCAGACGUCAGGAGUACUGAGCUCCAGGGCCCUGGCAGCCACCCGUUCCUGCUGCUCGUGUCUUCCCCGAUCGCCGCGGUGUUCAGGCACCAGCAGUUGAUAGAGUCCGCGCCGGACUUCCAGGCACAGCCCCGAGCCGCCUGCGGCGAGAUUGCGUCGCGGGCCCUGGAGGCGCACGCGGGGGCCGCGGCCGCUUCAGCGCAGUGCACGGCCGUCCAGGUGUGCUUCCUGCCUGACCGAGCCGGUGCCAAGGACGACGGCAAGGGCGUGGAGGCGCAGCCUGCUGCCAAGAAGGCGAGAAGCGCCAAUGCGCCGGGGGGCAGCACCCAGAGCAUGAGGCUGCGGCACAUCUUGGUCACCUUUCAGGAGGCUGGCAAGGAGGCGCCGGCCGCGGACGGCCGAGGAGAGCAGCACAGACAACGCGCACGCCCGGACGCGGAGGCGCUCAUCCGCUCGAUUAUGAAGGCGAUGCGCGCGGCCAUCAGGGAACUCAAGAAGACUCCGAAGGACAGCAUGGAGCUCAUCAACCUCACCACGAAGAGGUUUUCCGAGCUGGCCAAGGAGCAUUCGGAGUGCGAGACUGCCAAGAAGGGAGGCGUGCAGUGCGGGGACCUGGGCUGGCUGAGCCCGGACGACCUCGCGAGCUUCGGCCCGGGCUUCAAAGAGGUGGUCACGGCCCUGGCCCCUGGCCAGCUGAGCGACAUUGCUGUCUCCGAGAGGGGCCUGCACUUCGUGCAGCGGGUCGCGUAGGGCCUCUCCGGCCGCCCCCGCCGACGCGCCGCUCCGCGCUCCCCUUCGGAGUAUCCUGUUCUUGCUGCUCGGUUUCUUCCCCCUCCUCCUGCGGGGCUGGCGGCCCAACGAGGUACCACGCGGGGCGCGGCCGCCCCCCGCCCUGCCACCCGCCCUGCACCGUUUGAUUCUCAGGGGGCACAAGUCCCCUGCGCGGGGCCCCCCGCUCGCUUCGGAGCCGGAGGACGCCCCGGGCAGGCCGGGGGUGUCCAGAGAGACGCUCGGAUCUGCAUACAAAUUCACUCGUAGAGGUCCCGUGAGUUUGGGCUCUGGUUCAGACCAGCCCCCGAAACGCUUUUCACUUUUUUCCCCCAGCCGCCCUACGGUCUCGGGUCCUCGCUUUAAAGAAACAGCGCCCCGCGUCUCCUCCUUCCUCUUCAUUCCGCCCUUCUUCUCUCCUCCCACCCUGCUUCCGUCC